AUGGCCGACGAGGUCCAGGCUCCCGAGGGGCAAGAGGCCGCCAAGGACGCCCACAUGCCGAGCAAGACAUAUGAGAAGGAUAAUGAUGCCUCAUCCAUCAAAGAGGCCGCUCGUGGUGACAAUCUACCGCCGGGCUACUGCAAGAACAUCCAAUUUAUCGGCUUGGUCGUGCGCUUCUGUCUCCGCUACCUCAUGAUUUUUGCCGCCGUCGCCAUGGUCGGUUUCGUAGUCUCUCUCGCCUCGUUGACGCCUGGCACCAAGUCGGCUGGCAUCGCCUGA